AUGGCCAACGAACCUGAGAGGCAAAUUCUGCCGGUGGAAGCUCCUCAGAAACUCGAAGAUGGGGCAAUUUCCUUCUCUACUGCUAUGGAGAUUAUUAAGAAGCGAAAAAUGUGGCAGCAACCAGGAAAUUCCUCUUCAAGUGUAAGCAAACUCGUACCUGUAAUUGAAUGGAUACCCGUAUUGAAUCAGCCUCAUCCAAGGCCCAUGGCUCCUUCAUUGAAAAGCUUGAGCGAUAACUGUUUAGUUGAGAACUGUGAUAGAAUUCAGUCAUUAAAGGAGCUCUCAGAAAUAACGAAGUUCAGAAUCAGUCGGAACGUGUGCCAUUCUCAAAAGAUGAAGGCUGAAUUUAUGAAAAUCCUUGUUGAUGGGUCUCCAAAAGAGAUACAUGUAAAGGAUUGUUCAUUGAUUACUGAAACAGAGCUCCGCAGUGUGCUUUUAGCGUGUAAUCCAGAAAAUCUGACGGUGCUGCAACUUGACAUAUGUGGGCGCUGUAUGUCGAAUGAUAUAUUGCAUGCUACAUUAGCUCGAUCGCCUAAUAGUUUGGCUGCUUUAGCAGCCUUAUCUUUGGUGGGUGCAUACCGUCUUUCAGAUGUUGGACUUAAAGCACUUGUUGCUUCAGCGCCUGCACUAAGAUCUAUAAAUUUGGGACUAUGUACUCUUCUCACCUCAGCUGAUGUAAACAUUCUGGCUGAUUCUUUGGAAUCAUUGAAGGAAUUAUAUAUAGAUAACUGCGAAAACGUAGAUGCAAUGAUGGCUCUCCAUGCAUUGAAGAAGCUAGAACACUUGGAAGUGUUGUCUGUUUCAUGUGUUCCAAAUGUUUGUGAUGAUUUUGUCCGUGAGCUGGUUGCUGUACAUGGUCCAAAAAUGAAGAAACUUUCUUUUUCUGGUUGUAGUGAACUUACUGAUGCUUCAUUAAAAGUCAUUGCAGAGACUUGUUCCGGACUAUGUUCUCUUGAUGUUGGUAACUUGUAUAACUUGACUGAUUAUGCAAUAGAAUACCUUGCCAAUGGUUGUCGGACAAUUCAUACACUCGAUGUAUGUCACAAUGCAUUUAGUGAUGAAGCAAUUGCUGCAUUCUUGGAAGCCUCUGGAAAAUUCUUGAAAGUUCUUUGUCUGAAUGAUGUUAAGAAGGUUGGUCACCACACAGCUAUUUCACUUGCCAAAUGUUCAAGAAUACACAUACUGGACCUGUCCUUCUGCCGUGAGUUGACCGAUGAAGCAUUGGGAUUGAUCGUUGAUAACUGCUCAAAUCUGCAAUUGCUAAAACUUUUUGGAUGUACCCAGAUCACGAAUGUGUUUAAAGAUGGCCACUCGAAUCCCCAUGUGGAAAUCGUUGGUUUGGAGUUGACUCCAAUGUUAAAACAUCUUGGCCAUUAUGAUCUUUUGCAAGAACCUUUGGAAGAAGCAUCUGGAGACUGA